UCCCUCUUUCCUUCUCCUGCAAGAAUGGAAAACCUGCCAUCUUGCUCUAUAAAAUCUCUCUCGACAUCACCACCAUAAGUUAAAGGGCCGUAACGUUGUCACCGGAUCACCUCAAGUUUCCGGUCAUGUCCGCCAUGAACAUCGGCGAUGUGAGCCGCCUCCGCCACCGCACGUUUCCGGAGCUAGAUUUUCAGGACAUGAAGGUGAUUUCCGCCGUUGGCCGCGGAGCUAAGGGCGUCGUGUUCGCGGCAAAGAGGAAUGACGAUGCGUUUGGGGAGUAUUUCGCUUUGAAAGUGAUCUCCAAGGCUUUGAUUAAGAAGAAAGCGAAGGCGAUGAGCAGCAACGAUGAGGGCGAGUGCAAGAGGGUGUCGUUUGAACAGCAGGUUCUUCGUCAUUUUGAUCACCCGCUCUUGCCUAGGUUGCGAGGGGUUGUGGAAACCGAGAAGAUCAUAGGGUACGCCAUUGAUUACUGCCCCGGCGGCAAUCUCCAUUCUCUCCGGAAAAAGCAGACCGAGAAGAUGUUUUCAGAUGAUACCAUCAGGUUUUAUGCUGUGGAAUUGGUCCUCGCAUUGGAGUAUCUGCACAAUUUGGGCAUAGUGUAUAGAGAUUUGAAGCCAGAAAACGUACUGAUCCAAGAAACUGGUCACAUAAUGCUCGUCGACUUCGAUCUCUCCAAAAAACUAAACCCGAAAUCUCCAGAAUCCCAGAGCAUCGCCUCGUCGCCGAUUUCCCACUCUUCAAAGACGAAGACGAUGAAGGACUUACGGAAGAAACGCUUCUUCCGAUUCUACAGUUGCUCCAUGCCAAGCCCUCGGUCGUACGAACCGGAAGUCUCACAGGAAUUCCAGUGUGCGCCGCGGAGUGAGUCAGACUCGGUCGAGAAAUCAAACUCGUUCGUUGGAACAGAGGAAUACGUAGCACCCGAGGUAGUUUCUGGGAAGGGACAUGACUUCGGAGUCGAUUGGUGGUCACUCGGCGUCGUUUUAUAUGAGAUGCUGUACGGAACGACGCCGUUUAGGGGAGAGAACAGGAAAGAAACGUUUUAUCGGAUUCUGACGAAGGAACCGGAGUUAACCGGAGAGAAGACGCCGUUGAGGGAUUUGAUCGGAAAAUUGUUAGAGAAGGAUCGUGACCGUCGGAUCGAUGUGGAAGGGAUCAAGGGCCACGAUUUCUUCAAAGGGGUUCAAUGGGACUCGGUUUUGCAGAUGGCGCGGCCGCCGUAUAUUCCGUUGAAUGACGUAGGGGACACAAAUGGGUUUAAUAAAAUUCAAGUGGAGGUAUUUGUCCAUGAGGUGUUCUUUGGAAAGGAAGGUGAGGAAGAAAAGGAAAAAAAGAAAGAAGAAAAUAAUAAUGAUAAUGGAGAGAAUAACAAGAACGUGUGGGUAGGGAAGUUGAGUCAGAAUCACAUUGAGAAUGAGAAUUUUUUAAUUUUUUGAGUUUCUCUUUAACCAUUUAUGCAUCAUAUGCAAUACGGUAUAUAUUCUUUUGGCGUAUGUUGUACCUAUUAAUAUUGGUUUAUUUUUUUUUAGUAUAUAUAAAUAAAUAAUAGAUAGAAAUAAUAAGUA